AUGAUAUCGACCAGAGUUGGUGAGUCGAUUCCGCCGAAUACGAAACAUGCGGUUUCAGUGUGUUUACCCACUUGGAGGGAUACAGUGGGAUACGAGGAAAGCGAUCCAAGCGUUGUGGAGAAAAUGACCACUGGAUAUCCUAGAUUCUUUAUCCACAAGUCGAUCCAGAAGCUUUGCGAUGUGCUAGCAGAGAAAUACGCCAAAUUGGACGAGAAAUGUCUCGUUUUUCCAAGCUACGAAGUGGCCAAACGCUGCCGGGAGUAUGUGAAGAUUAAAGCUGAACAGACAUCUCGUAUUCGCAUUUUGCAGCUUUCUACACCAGAACCGGCUUCGGAGGAGGAAAGAACUUACAAGCACGCUUGUAAGAUAGCCGUUUUGUUUUUCGCACCGGAAAAUUGGCCUCUCGUCAAGCAAUAUUGGCAGCACAGCGGCGAAAUUACGUCUAGUCGCAUGGCAGAAUACAUUCUACAAGAGUUCUCGGUGGUGGAAAAAAAUGCCCCCAAGACUCAUCUUUCGCGGCUCAACUCUGCUGCGCAAAGCGAAUCGACAAAUUCCGAAUUACAAAAAGAUGAAGAAGAAUACAUCGAACAGCGGUUUGGCAGGAACCUGGACUUCUCCUACGGCGACAAAGCAAAGCUUCUUGUGAAGAAGAGAAUAGCUCAAAAAGUUGUUGAUGUGGACGAAAACGAUCAAUCCGACAGAAACGGCGACAGUUCAACCACAUCAACAAAUGCAGGAUCUACUCCCUUGACGGCAGACUCAUCCACCGUUCCUGCAGAACCUAUUGAGCAAGACGUUCAGGAUCUGUCGAUAUCACAUACGCCGGAUGGUCUUCAAAUUGACGCUGAAAAAGAUGUUUUUCUUUUUCCAAGCGGCAUGGCGUCGAUAUUCACGUCUCAUAGACUUUUGUUGUCACUGGACUCCCGGCGAGUAUUUCGAAGACAGAGCGGCAAUGCAGAGGGAACUGGCUAUGCAUCAUCCCAUUCCAGCUCCACGCAAGUCGUUGGUUAUGGCCCUCCAUACAAAAAGACGGUACUCUUCGGUUUCCCAUACACAGAUACACUAUCGAUUCUGAGAAAAUUCAAUCACACUCAUUUCUUAGGAACAGGAGAUUUGGAGGCAAUGAAUGAGCUCAAGCAAAUUCUGCAUUCGGGUGAACAAAUCCUGGCCGUCUUUUUGGAAACGCCAUCGAACCCAUUGCUUAAGAUGGGUGAUUUAAGGGAACUGCGUGAAUUGGCCGAUGCGUAUGGAUUUUUCAUUGUUGCUGAUGAAACUAUAGGCGGAUUUGUUAACAUAGAUGUGCUACCUUACGCGGAUAUCGUGUGUUCCUCUUUGACUAAAAUAUUCAGCGGUGACUCCAACGUCAUGGCUGGGUCCUUAGUACUCAAUCCCAGAUCACGCGUAUAUGGAUUUGCACAGGAAUUCAUGACCAGCUCUUGCGAGGAUCUCCUAUGGUGCGAAGAUGCCAUCUAUUUGGAAAGAAACUCUCGAGACUUCGUCAGCAGAACCCUGAAGAUCAAUGCAAACACAGAAUUUUUACUGAAUCAAGUACUUCUGCCGCAGCAGGGCAAAUUAUUCAAAAAAAUCUACUAUCCGAGCGAGACGUCUCCGGAGACUAAAAAACAUUACGAUGCUGUCAAGUGCCCCAGUGGCGGUUACGGAGGUCUUUUGUCGCUCACCUUCUACAACGAGCCGCAAGCACAUGCAUUUUUUGACAAUUUAGAGUUGUGCAAAGGUCCAUCAUUGGGUACCAAUUUUACGUUGGCAUGUCCUUACACAAUACUUGCACAUUACUCAGAACUGGACGAAGUUUUGAAAUAUGGCGUGGAAACGCUGCUUGUGAGAGUGAGCGUUGGGCUCGAGGGCCCCGUCAUCCUGAAAGAUGUUUUCACUCGCGCCAUUGACGCUGCUCAAAACGCCGAACAACCACACCCAGCGGCCGUCUCGGCGCCAUAA